AUGACAGGCGCGAACAAAGUCGUCAAACGCCAAACGGGGCGGGACUCAAGAGGGGCGUCGCGCCCUGCGUCCGGCGGCGCUCUCUGCAAGACUUGCACGCCGUGUCGCCAGAAGAAAGUCCGUUGCGACGGCACGCGCCCGCAGUGCGUCGAGUGCAGCACGAAUAGUCUACCCUGCGUAUACCCUCACGAUGCCCGACGAGAACCGAGACCGUCCCGCGCCCGCGUGCAGAGCCUCGAGGCUACUGUUUCCGCCAUGCUAGAUCACAUGAAGACCGCAGGCAUCCUUACGGCCGAGAUGCAGUCCGCUUGGACGGCUGAGCUUAUGGAUGCCGACCACUCGCCGCGCUCUUCGCAAGAUUAUACCUCACAUGGACUGAGUCGCCUGGCUUCCACAGCUGCCAUUGCAAGCCCGCUUCCGACUCCAACAGCGUCUACAGUUGCGCAGGAAAUGGGCGCCAGCUUUCUAUCCUCCCCGCCUCGAAGUAGCGUUGGCCCGACAGAUAGCGAGACGAAACCACGACUCGAUAGCUUCAAUACGAUCCUCUCACGAGCGAGCCAAACACAUAUCGACUCCACGGAACUGGCACCAGUAAAGUUGGUCCCUCGCCCUAUAAGUAACGACGGCAACGGAGACGGCACAGGUCUAUCGCCAAGUGAAGCCCGCGUAGCUGGAGUAUUCCACGAGAACGGCUAUGUCUCUGCAGUCCACGGUCUAGCCAGUAUCAUGAAUCCCACAUCUCGCGCGCAGCACCGGGAGAACAUCAACAAGAUGACCCGAAAAGGCGACGAUGCUAUAUCGGCUUCCAAAGCCCGACUUAUAAGCAAUGCUGCGCUCCAACGGCAGCGAGAGGCGCGCAUGUUUCGCAAUCCAAGAGACUUGAUGGAUCUGGACGGAGUAGAUCCCGAGCUUGCUAAGCAUCUCCUCGACUUGCACUUUAACCGCCAGCAUUAUGCCUAUCUCAUCUCAUACCGACCAGCUAUUAUGGAUAGUCUUGCCAGCGGCGGUGGUCCUUUUGCCAACAAACUCCUUCUCAACGCCAUAUUCUACUCAACAUCUCUGUACAGCGACCGUCCAUGUCUCCGUGCCGACCCCGAAGACCCACAAAGUGUUGGCAGACGCUUCUACGAUCGAUUCCGUGAACUGCUGAUUGACGAACUCGACAAGCCCAGCAUUCCUUCCGCCCUCGCUCUGCUGCUUACAAGUGUUUCACUGGUAUCACAGGGAAGACCAAGCGCAGGUUGGAGUUUGUCCGGAACGGCACAUCGUAUGAUCAUUGACCUAGGGUGUCAUCUGAUGCUGGGGCCUGACUAUGAAAGCACAGGCGGUGUCAAUGAGUCGCGUGUGUUGCGGACGGACUUGGAGCAGGAGAUGCGCAAGCGUUUAUACUGGGCGGCUUUCACAACCGAUGCUACCCAGGCCUUGUAUCUGGGUCGUCCCUGUAUGUUCGCUUCGGCUCAGGCUAGAGUACCUCUGCAGCUGCUCGAUACAUUUGAGGAACUUGAGGAAUGGGAACCUUACAUCGAUCCCAAAUCUCCAGGUUCAGCACCGCCCCCGUAUGGACGUCAACCUGCGCAUGCUGUCUCGACGUUCAGCAGCCUCGUUCGGUUAUUGCAAAUAUCCACUAGAAUCAAUGAUCUUUACGGCAUCCAGUGUGUUAAAUACACAACUGAGUAUCUCCUCAACAAGAAGGAAUCCAUCGAGAGGGAGUUUGAGAAGUGGCAGAGCAGUCUUCCUAGUCAUCUACGCUUCGACCCUGACGAUAAUACCAUUAUCACACCUCCUCCACAUCAAAUCACCCCACACACAACAUUCCAUGCUCUGACCAUUCUACUACACCGGGCGUUCCUCGAAGAAGGUCAUCUUCGACGCCACACCGAUGAGACCGCCAAGCGACGAGGUGAAGAGGCCUGUAUCCAAAGCGCACUGAUGAUCCAGAAGCUUGUCCGUCGAUACCGCGAGUCUUUUACCCUCCGCCGAGCGCCCUUCCUACUCUCAUAUGCCGUCUACUCCGCCGUCAUCGUGAUCCUUCGCCAAGAGCGCCACGAGCGCGGCCAGUUCACAGAGCCCAUCUCCUUCUUCUGGACAUGUCUCAGCGAGCUUCAAGUAGGAUGCAACUUCGGUCUCAAGAAGCCCCUCAGCGUUCUGCAAGACAUGGUCCGUGAGUUCCAGACCAGCAUCAAAGAGAGCGGCUCUACGGGGACAGAACAGCCCCAGCCAGCUGGUCUUGACGAGAGUUUCUUCUUCCCCCUUGCCAUGGCACCCACGACGUCCUCUAUUUCACGCAACACAUCCACGCCAACAGGCGCAUACGUGUCUGCAUCUGCAUCUGACUACAUACCCAACAUGGACCACUUCGAUCCAACGUUCGGUCACUCACCGGGCCUUCUCGAUUUUUUGAAUGAUCAGGAGAAAGAUAUCUCGCAGGAUGCGCUGUAUGGACUGUUUGCACCGUCACAGCCCUUCCCGUGA